ACAAGCGAAAAGCGAAACUUGACUUUGAACUGUGCGCUCUUUACCUUGUUUUUUCUCUACGAGUGAGUGAUUGUGUGUACGUUACAAAUCAGUUUGUUCUGAACUUGUGGCGCUAUUUUGAGACUGUUUUUCUCUACUGCUAUCGAAGUAACGAGUUUAUUUACUGUUGAAAGAGACUGCUUCACAAAAUGCCUUCUGGAAAAGCACCUGCUAUCGGCAUCGACCUGGGAACGACCUAUUCCUGUGUCGGAGUUUUCCAGCAUGGAACUGUUGAAAUAAUCGCCAACGAUCAAGGCAACCGAACUACUCCGAGUUACGUGGCUUUCACGGAAACGGAACGGCUGAUAGGUGAUGCGGCCAAGUCGCAAGUGGCCCUGAAUCCUGAGAACACAGUGUUUGAUGCCAAAAGGUUAAUCGGAAGAAAAUUUGACGAUCCGAAGAUACAGCAAGAUUUGAAACAUUGGCCUUUUAAAGUCGUCAACCAAGGUGGGAAGCCAAAGAUUUCUGUAGAAUUUAAAGGAGAAAGAAAACUCUUCAACCCAGAGGAGAUCAGUGCUAUGGUUUUAACGAAAAUGAAAGAGACUGCUGAAAUGUAUCUGGGACAAAAAGUCACCGAUGCAGUCAUCACAGUUCCUGCUUAUUUCAAUGAUUCUCAGAGGCAAGCAACGAAAGAUGCUGGAAAGAUAGCUGGGCUGAAUGUUUUGAGAAUAAUCAAUGAACCUACUGCUGCUGCUCUGGCAUAUGGACUUGACAAGAAUCUGCAAGGUGAGAAGAAUGUCUUAAUCUUCGAUUUAGGUGGUGGCACUUUCGAUGUUUCAAUUUUGACUAUCGACGAAGGCUCUUUAUUCGAAGUAAGAUCGACUGCGGGAGAUACUCAUCUGGGAGGUGAAGAUUUUGACAAUAGAAUGGUAGCUCACUUUGUUGAAGAAUUCAAACGCAAGCAUCGAAAAGAUCUGAGAUACAGUCCAAGAGCACUGAGAAGAUUACGAACUGCCUGCGAAAGAGCCAAGAGAACCCUUUCAAGCAGUGCAGAAGCAAGUAUUGAAAUAGAUGCUCUGUUUGAGGGCAUUGAUUUCUAUUCCAAGAUCAGCCGUGCGAGAUUCGAAGAGCUGUGCAUGGAUCUCUUCCGUUCUACUUUAGAGCCUGUGGAACGAGCCUUGUCAGAUGCCAAAUUGGACAAAAGCAAAAUUCAUGAUGUUGUUCUCGUAGGUGGCUCUACUCGCAUUCCAAAGAUCCAAAAAUUGCUGAAGGAUUUUUUCAAUGGCAAAGAACUGUGCUUGUCCAUCAAUCCAGAUGAGGCAGUUGCUUAUGGUGCUGCAGUUCAAGCUGCUGUUCUGACUGGAAGCACGGAUGAAAAGAUCAAAGAUGUUCUUUUAGUGGACGUUACUCCCCUCUCCCUAGGUAUUGAAACAGCUGGAGGAGUCAUGACCAAGAUAGUGGAGAGAAAUUCUCGCAUUCCGUGCAAGACCUCCCAGAUUUUCACAACAUAUUCUGAUAAUCAGCCUGGUGUCGACAUUCAAGUGUACGAAGGAGAGCGGGCAAUGACAAAAGACAACCAUCUACUUGGUAGGUUCCAGCUGUCUGGAAUACCUCCAGCUCCCAGAGGAGUGCCUCAGAUUGAAGUCACUUUUGAUCUGGAUGCAAACGGAAUCCUGAAUGUUUCUGCCAUGGACAAGAGUUCGGGCAACUCCCGCAGCAUCCGAAUCACCAAUGACAAAGGACGCCUCUCUAAGGAAGAAAUAGAGAGGAUGCUGAAUGAAGCCAAGCAAUAUGAAAGAGAAGACGCAGAGCAGCGAGACAGGGUGCAAGCAAGAAAUUCCCUCGAAAGUUAUGUCUAUUCUGUGAAACAAGCUGCCGAGUCUGCUGGCAAUGAUCGUCUGUCCUCAUCCGACAAAGAAAAAAUCAAGCAGACGUGUGACGGAAUUAUCCAGUGGCUUGAUAACAACACGUUGGCAGAGAAGGAUGAAAUUGAACACAAGAUGAAAGAGAUUCAGUCAGAACUAUCACCUAUUAUGACCAAACUGCACCAAGGAGGACAAAACAUGGGACAUGGUGCAACUGCUAGUGCUGGCAGUGGACCAACGAUAGAAGAAGUAGAUUAAAAUUAAGUAAGCUAAUUUUUGGUUUUUUCAAUUUUAAAUUAUUAAUGUAAAUAAUGUUUGUUUCAAUUUUAAGUUAUUAAUGGUGCCAAAGAUGCCUUGCAGCACUAGCAGCUACUUAUGGACUUUACUGUAUAUGUUGAUUGUAUGUACAUAUUUUUUGUUUCAUUUGUAACAUUCUGCAAACAAUGUAUACUUCUUG